AGAUAGAUUCAAAGGCAUGCACGAAGGUAAUAUAUAACAAAAAAGGGCUUUGACAAUGCACCUUAAAGGCACUUAAAAGGCAACGGUGCUUUGAUACCAAUUACUACAAAAAACAGAUAAAUAGAAUGAAAGAUAAAUAGCUUUGCCUGCUAGAAAGUUCUACAUCAAUUGUGUGGCCCAGAUCAGAUAAUUGGCCCAAAUAUUGACUUCAAUAAUAGGACUCUGUUUUCAGGAUUACUAAAACAGAUAUUAUUAAGCCGUGUUCCCAUCAUGGUACAGUUAUAUCCGUCUCUCCCCUACAUGCGCGUCUUUUGCGUUCGUAUAGACGUUUAAGUACCGUUUAAGACGUUGGGGUACCAUUGAAGAGGUCAUUUUAUUGUGCUUCAUCCGAAAUAGACUGGAACACCGGCGGAUUUUGACGAUUUGAUGGUGGCGAUGACGGACACCGCCUUCAUUUGAAUCAUUUGAAUGAAUUGAGUGUUGGAGCAGGGCAACAUUAAAAGCAUGCAGGACAGUGUUCCCUGAGGACCAGGGUUGGGAAACACUGCUCUAAAGUCUAUGCAGGGUCAGAGUGUGUGGUCUUUUUUCUGUACACAGAAAAAAAACAGCUCCCCCAGGGGAGCAGGAUGGUCGAAUUAGCGCCGUGUUCAGGUCAGGAGAGGUUGUACAAACAGCUAGUCGGAAGAGGGGUACCUGGAAAUAAGUCAAAAGCAGAGUCUUAUAAGCAUUAGGACCCCCAAAAAAUAUCACGCGACCCAUCUAUGGGUCCCAACCCAGUGUUUCAGAACUACUGCAUCACUGUGUGAACAGUUGUUUCUGUGUGUGUUUAUUCAUCUGAGGACGAUAAGUUUGCAGCCCUGUGAUCGUCACCACCUACCAAUCAGCUGUGGAGCUGAUGAUGUCACAGGAGGCAGGUCAGAGUUCAUAUAGAGUGAGUGGACAGGUAAACUCUGCACACACACACACACCUGUGAGCUGCUGCCACGUCUGCUGAAGAAGAAAAACUUCAGCUUCAGCGUCAGUCGUCAGAUUUUCGUGGCGCUCGUCCUUCAUGACCUUCACAAACCAGUCUCACGCGAACGUCACUGCUGGACUUCAGUAUCAGAGUUUUCAGGAGAUUCUGAUUCUGAACAUUGCCAGCACAGUUCCCUGCUGUGUGUUCCUCUUCAUCAACGGGACCAUGUUGUACACGCUGCGCAGUAAAGCCGUGUUCUGCGACACGUCUCGUUACAUCCUCCUCUAUAACCUCCUGUUGGGCGACACCUUGCUGCUGACGCAGAGUCAGCUGCUCUACCUGCUCUCUACGCUCAGGGUGACGAUGACGUACGCCGCCUGCGCCACCGCACUCAUGGCCACCAACCUCGUCACCAGCAUCUCUCCACUCACACUGGUGGUGAUGUCACUGGAGAGAUAUGUGGCCGUGUGCCACCCACUGAAACACGCCACCAUCAUCACCAUCAGGAACACGGCACUGGCCAUUGUCGGAGUUUGGGCCCUCAGCUCGCUGAACAUCCUGACCCAAGUUCUUCUUCUGCUAAAGUUUGGUUUUGUAGACGUGGCCUUUCUGUACACUAAAGACUUCUGUGGCAGAGAGAACAUUUUCCUCAAUCCAGAGUCCAAUCUUUAUGCCACAGGUUACAUGAGUUUUGUGUUUGUUCUGACGACCGUGGCCAUCGCUUUCUCCUACAUCGGCGUCACGAUCGCGGCCAGGUCGGCGUCCUCCACGGACAAAGCCUCGGCGCGCAAAGCUCGCAAAACGCUGCUGCUGCACCUGGUUCAGCUGGGCCUCGGCCUCCUGUCGACGAUACACACCCCCAUCCUCUACUCCAUCUCCACCAGUCUGGGCCGAGUCAUGAUCGUACGAAUGCAGGUUCUUCUCUACCUGUGUGUCAUUAUUCUGCCCAGAUGCCUCAGCGCUCUCAUCUACGGCCUCAGAGAUCAAACCAUCAGACAUGUCCUGGUGCAACACCUCCGCUGUCACUGCAGACCAUAGAGCAGUGGUCAGCAACUAGUGGCUCAUGGGCCACAACUGGCCCGCCACCCCAAAAUUUCAACAAAAAUGACAAUUUCAUCCAGAAUUCAAAGCUUUUAUUCUGGAAAAAAAAAACCACCACCUGAAAGAGAUGCUGUUGCUAGAAUUGACAAAUAAGUGACAUAUGCUUGGUUUGAAAUAUUAGAAAUAAAUCACUGCUGUUGUAAUGGAGAGUGAAUGUGUGUAAAAUGACUAUUAGCAUAUGUUUGGCUCAAAAUUGAAAUGAUUAAUAAUAAUUAUUAUUAGUAUACUAAUGGUUUAGUUUAGUUAAAUAGUUAUAGUUUCUUAAGAGCAUUUUGAAGAGCAUUGAUUUAACCAUGGAAUAACCUCAGAAUAGGCUAAAUGUCAUAGAUGGACGACUUCUUCAAAGUAAGAGUACUCACAAAAGAACAGAAAUGUAAGAAGAGUGGUAAAUACUGUUGAAUUUAUGAAUGAUUUUCCCAUUGAAAUCAGUGGUAUAGUGACAUCUGACCUGAUUUCCUCUGCUGUAUUUCAGUAGAACAGUAGUCACAUGUAUUUUUACUCAAUAAUCUGCUGUUACUCAAUAAUCUGCUGUACUGUCAUCAUUUUUACUUGAUGUAAAAAGGUGAAAGAGAAAGAGAGAUCAAAGUAAAUAAAGAGGGGCUGAUACCCUCAUACACCGCCCCCUCUGGUUCCGGCUCUUUGAUUUCAAAGUUCACAU